AUGAGUAAACUAAACGAAGAAAUUGAUGAGGGUCUGUACUCUCGUCAAUUGUAUGUUCUAGGUAAAGAAGCCAUGUUAAAGAUGCAACUUUCAAACGUUUUGAUCGUUGGUUUGAAAGGUUUAGGUAUUGAAAUCGCUAAAAAUGUUGCCCUGGCUGGUGUCAAAUCUUUGACUCUAUUUGACCCAGAACCUGUUACUCUUCAGGACCUUUCUACACAAUUUUUUCUUAAUGAAAAUGAUAUUGGUAAGAAAAGGGACCUUGCUUCUCAGUCAAAAUUAGAAGAGCUAAAUGCUUACGUGCCAAUUAAAGUCCUGGACCAUUUGAAUGACGAAUCUGAAUUAGGUUCCUUUCAAGUAGUAGUGGCUACUGAAACUGUAUCCUUAGAAGACAAAAUUAAGAUCAAUUCUUACUGUCAUGCCAACGAUAUCAAAUUUGUUUCCACAGAGACGAGAGGUCUUUUUGGUAACGUGUUUGUAGAUUUUGGUGACGAUUUUACAAUUAUCGAUCCUACAGGUGAAGAACCACGUACCGGUAUGGUUUCUGAUAUUGAGGCAGAUGGUACUGUAACAAUGUUAGACGACAAUAGACACGGAUUAGAAGAUGGAAAUUACGUGAAAUUUUCUGAAGUGGAAGGCCUAGAAAAAUUAAAUGAUGGAACUCUUUAUAAAGUGGAAGUUCUAGGUCCAUUUGCAUUUAGAAUUGGUUCAAUCGAACACUUCGGUACUUACAAGAAAGGUGGUGUAUUCACCGAAGUUAAAGUUCCUCAAAAGAUGUCUUUCAAAUCUCUAAAGGACUCCAUUCAGAAUCCCGAAUUAAUAUUUUCAGAUUUUGCUAAAUUUGAGAGAUCUGCUCAAUUACAUUUAGGUUUCCAAGCUCUACACCAUUUCAAGAUAAGACAUCAAGAUCAACUUCCAAGACCAAUGAAUAAUGAAGAUGCAAAUGAACUCGUCAAACUGGUCACAGAUUUAGCUGCACAACAACCAAAUGUAUUAUCUGGUGCUGAUGUCAACGAAAAAUUAAUUAGAGAGUUAUCGUACCAAGCAAGAGGUGAUAUUCCUGGUGUUGUAGCCCUUUUUGGUGGGUUAGUUGCCCAAGAAGUACUCAAAGCAUGUUCUGGUAAAUUUACUCCCUUGAAACAAUACAUGUACUUCGAUUCAUUAGAAUCAUUACCAGAUGUCAAAAAUUUCCCAAGAAAUGAAGAAACAACACAAGCAAUCAAUUGUCGUUAUGACAACCAAAUUGCUGUCUAUGGUAUUGACUUCCAAAAGAAAGUUGCUAACUCUAAAGUUUUUUUGGUUGGUUCCGGUGCUAUUGGUUGUGAAAUGUUAAAGAAUUGGGCAUUAAUGGGUCUCGGUUCUGGCAGCGAUGGUUAUGUUGUUGUCACUGAUAAUGAUACAAUUGAGAAAUCCAACUUGAACCGUCAAUUCUUAUUCAGAUCAAAGGAUGUUGGAAGAAAUAAAUCAGAAGUUGCGGCUGAGGCAGUUGUUGCCAUGAAUUCCGAUUUAAAGGGCAAGAUUGAACCAAAAAUUGAUAAAGUCGGUACUGAAAGUGAAGAAAUUUUUAAUGACGCCUUUUGGCAAGAUUUGGACUUUGUUACGAAUGCCUUAGAUAAUGUCGAUGCGCGUACUUACGUCGAUCGUCGUUGCGUCUUCUACAGAAAACCAUUAUUAGAGUCUGGUACUUUGGGUACUAAAGGUAACACCCAAGUAGUUGUCCCAAGAUUAACGGAAUCAUAUUCUUCUUCAAGAGAUCCACCAGAAAAAUCCAUUCCUUUAUGUACUUUACGUUCUUUCCCAAGUAAAAUCGAUCAUACUAUUGCUUGGGCAAAGUCUCUUUUCCAAGGUUACUUCUUUGACGUACCUGAAAACGUCAAUAUGUUCAUAAGUCAACCAGAUUUUAUUGAGCAAACAUUAAAGCAAAGUGGUGACGUGAAAGGUAUCAUUGAGUCAAUCUUAGAUUCUAUCAAUAAUAAACCAAAAAAUUUCGAAGAAUGUAUCCAAUGGGCUCGUCUAGAAUUUGAAAAGAAGUUCAACCAUGAUAUCAAACAAUUAUUAUACAACUUCCCUGCAGAUGCGAAAACAUCUAGUGGUGAACCUUUCUGGUCAGGUGCAAAGCGUGCACCUACCCCAUUGAUUUUCAAUAUCAAUGAAGAGAACCAUUAUGACUUCGUUGUAGGGGGGGCUAAUUUACGUGCUUUCAACUUUGGGCUAAAUAUAGAUGGCUCUAGUCAAUCAAAAGAUUUCUAUGAAUCAGUUAUAGAGAAUAUGGAUAUUCCAGUAUUCAAGCCAAAUGUGAAUUUGAAAAUUCAAGUCAAUGACGAGGAUCCAGAUCCAAAUGCCGGCACUCAAUCUGGUGAUGAAGUUGAUACCUUGAUCAAGUCCUUGCCAGCCCCUUCUUCUCUAUCUCACUUUGCUUUACAACCUGCGGAAUUUGAAAAGGAUGAUGACAGUAAUCAUCAUAUUGAAUUUAUUACAGCCUGUUCAAACUGUAGGGCCGAAAACUACUCUAUUGAAUUGGCUGAUCGUCAGAAAACUAAAUUUAUCGCUGGUCGUAUCAUUCCUGCAAUCGCGACCACGACUGGUUUAGUUACUGGUUUAGUUAAUUUGGAACUGUACAAGAUCGUAGAUGGUAAGGAUGAUAUUGAACAAUAUAAAAAUGGAUUUGUAAACCUGGCAUUACCUUUCUUCGGUUUCUCCGAACCAAUUGCUUCACCAAAGGGCAAAUAUAACGAGAAGACGUACGAUAAAAUAUGGGAUAGAUUUGACAUUCAAGGUGAUAUUAAGCUGCAGGAGUUGAUCGACAAUUUCGAAAAGAAUGAAGGUUUAGAAAUAACAAUGCUUUCAUACGGAGUUUCACUAUUAUACGCCUCCUUCUUCCCACCAAAGAAGUUGAAAGAUAGAUUAAAUCUACCUAUUACUGAACUAGUAAAGGUUGUAACCAAAAAUGAAGUUCCAUCACAUGUUCGUACCAUGAUUCUAGAAAUCUGUACAGAUGACAAGGAUGGUGAGGAUGCCGAAGUCCCUUAUAUUACAAUUCAUUUAUAA